UCCAAAUCCCCGACUUCUGCCCUGUGUACAACUAGAUCUAUCAUUUGUGUACAACUAGAGGGCUCUAACAGCUGUGGCCAGCUGGGACUGGGAACGCUGGGAGAUGAGAUGGUUCCGGUUAAGACCUCACCAAGAGAUGAGAUGGUUCAGGUUAAGACCUCACCAAGAGAUGAGAUGGUUCAGGUGAAGACCUCACCAAGAGAUGAGAUGGUUCAGGUGAAGACCUCACCAAGAGAUGAGAUGGUUCAGAUGAAGACCUCACCAGGGGAUGAGAUGGUUCAGGUGAAGACCUCACCAAGAGAUGAGGUGGUUCAGGUGAAGACCUCACCAAGAGAUGAGAUGGUUCAGGUGAAGACCUCACCAAGAGAUGAGAUGGUUCCAGUAAAGACCUCACCUUCAGACAGCUCAAGUGCUACAGCAGCUGACAUCACAGGUCUGGGAGGAGGCGGGGCUUUUUCCUAUCUCUUGACAGCAUCUGGUGACCUGCUGACCUGUGGUAACAACGCUCAAGGUCAGACAGCUCAAGCUAGCAGGACAAGGAGUUGUGUCUUCUCUCUGUCUUCACAGCUGUCCAACUUCAGACUAGUCAAGGUAUCAGCUGGCUGGGACUAUAUGCUGGCCCUUACAGAUCAAGGUCUCAUUUUAUCCUGGGGUUCAAACACAUUUGGCCAGCUAGGUCGACCUGCUGGAGGAUCUGAUAUGCCAGAAAAAAUCCAAGAUUUAGCUGAUGAGCGCCAUGUUGAUAUUGCUGCUGGCUUAAGGCAUGCACUGUCUCUUACAGACACAGGUCAUGUUUACACAUGGGGUCAUGGGAGGAGAGGUCAACUGGGGUUAGGUUUGGACAACAAACUUAUUCUGUCAUCACACAAGCCCAUAGCUGUCAAGUUCCCACAAGGUCAAAUCCCCACACAUGUGUCUGCAGGACAGUACUGCUCUGGAUUUUGUACAGGUACUGGUCAGGUGUACAUGUGGGGAUGUAACAAGUUUGGGCAGUGCCAUGUCAGCCCAGCAGAACAAACACUUGUCGCCAUGGCAACCAGAGUCAGCUGUACAUUAGCAGAGCAGAAAAGAUUUGUUGACAUUUCUUGUGGGUGGAGUCACAUUGUUGUCAAAACAGAUGAAGGAGAUCUGUACAGUUGGGGUCGUGGUGACCUUGGUCAGCUAGGCAGAGCAUGUGAUCAAAUGUAUGAGCACAUUUUGGCGAAGAUUGAUGGCAUACCUAGCAUCCGCUUUCACACGUGUGGUUCUGAGCACACACUAGCUGUAGCAGCAAAUGGUGCGGCUUACUCCUGGGGCUGGAACGAGCAUGGGAUAUGUGGAACAGGAAAUGAGCACAAUGUUUUCUAUCCUUACAAAUUGCCUUUCUCAAACAAGGUAACGCAGGUAGGCUGCGGGGCUGGACAUUCAUUCUGUCUUGUCAUGGAAAGCUGAGACACAAACUACACUCAUCUUAAAUGUUUAAAUUAUAUUGAAUUAAUUGUAUGCUGAUUUGCACUUAUUGAAAACAAAAGUAUUAAUGAAUUCCAUGCUAAUGCACAUUUGUGACUUUUUAUCCUGUGACCUUUCCUACAAUAAAAAAACAGGGUCUAUCAUUUUUUUAA